GGGACCUGUGGAUCAAAGAGGGGCCAGACCCCAUGUCUGGAUUUCAGAGAUGCUGAAUCCAGUGCUUUUGGAAAUCACCGACCAGUAAGAACUUUUAGAGAGUGUUGAAUAAGUAGCACAUCAGCAGAAAAGUGUGGAGAGAAAAGGGACGAGGACGCCGAGGGGAGGGGGGCUGUGCUUUAAAAAGUUAAUUAAUCACCCACAAAGUGUAGCUCCGCUACAUUUUUUUCUCUUUAAAGGGUACCUCUCCAGCCAGCAAGAUUUCACCCAAAAGCAGACAACCGGAUCGCCCUGCGCUGACGCGGCUGGUCGGCAGGAAGCGGCUGGUAGUGGCAGGGGUCCUAGGGGUCGUUAUGGUUCUGGUUUUAGUCAUCCUCAUCCCGGUUCUGGUCAACUCAGCGGGGACGGCGGCGCACUACGAGAUGCUCGGUACCUGCAGGAUGGUGUGCGACCCGUACGGCACCAAAUCUCCGACCAGCACGGCCACGACGGACACGGUCCGAGACAACAGCCUCGUGCAGUCUUUACCCACUUUUAUCCAAGGUCCGAAAGGGGAAUCAGGUCGUCCGGGUAAAGCAGGUCCAAGGGGACCUCCCGGUGAGCCGGGAGCGCCAGGUCCGGCGGGAACACCUGGAGAGAAGGGUGAACCGGGAAGACCUGGUUUACCAGGACCUCCGGGAUCCGGUACAGCUGCCGGUGCAAUAAGCGCGGCGACCUACAGCACCGUGCCCAAGAUUGCCUUUUACGCAGGGCUGAAAAAGCAACAUGAGGGCUACGAGGUGCUCAAAUUCGACGACGUGGUGACCAACCUGGGAAACCACUACGAUCCGACCACCGGGAAGUUCACGUGCUCCAUCCCCGGGAUUUAUUUCUUCACUUACCAUGUCCUGAUGCGCGGAGGGGACGGCACCAGCAUGUGGGCUGAUCUGUGCAAAAACAACCAGGUGCGUGCCAGUGCCAUCGCCCAGGAUGCGGACCAGAACUAUGACUAUGCCAGUAACAGCGCUGUGCUGCAUCUGGAGCCGGGAGACGAGGUCUACAUUAAACUAGACGGAGGCAAAGCUCAUGGAGGCAACAACAACAAGUACAGCACCUUCUCUGGAUUCAUCAUCUACGCCGACUAGACAACAACAACAACAACAACAACACAGUCGUCCUUCUACCAAUGAGAUGCUCAGACUCACUCUUUUAAAUGUGAGGACAUACGAUACGAUUCAGCCAUCAUAACCUGCAUCUUCAUUUAUGUUCUACAUGUUGCCAACAUCCUGAGUGCAAGUGACUUUAAUAACAUUGUGUCAAAGUGUGAAAUCAAACCUCUUUAUUAUUAUAUUAAUUAUUAUUAUUAACACAUUAUGUCUGAACUCAGCUGAAGUCUUUGUGUUAAUGUGUCCUGUGGGAAGAUGGCCAGAACUUCACAUCAGUAGCUACAUACGGCCGACUGGUGUUAUUUGAGUUAAUGGUCCAUAGUGAGGCGUUCAUAGAUGCAACAUUUAGAGGAAUGAGUUAGUGAUGGAGGUCGUCACUGAAUCUGAGCUCAGCUGCUUCAGCUUCCUGUCGAGAAGAACGUGGAGAAGAGAAAUGUAGCAGCUAGACGGUAGAUCUAAACACUGACUGUGGGAUGAUUGUGUGCAAUACUUAGUCUACAUAUAUAUAUAAACUAUAUUCAUGGUGAUAAUUCAUAAGGAAGCCCUCAGUCGGUGUGUUUUCUUUCUGUUUUGAUAUCUGAAGGUAGAAGGAGACGCGGGUAACACUUGAAGUGCAUUUUAACAGCAGCCAUUCACAUCAAUUAUAAACAUAAUGACCUCUUUCGUAGAAUAAUGAUUGAAUAUUUGUUUUUAUUUUCCAUGUAAUAACACUGUAUAUUUUUACACAAUUCAUUUAUAUUUCAUUUUAUAUUUAUCAUGAUUCAAUAAUGUGGUUUGUUGCACUUCCACUUGCGUGUUAUUGAAAUGCUUUCAUAAAUGUUCCUGCAGAUUUGAGGACUUUCCCACCCAGACCAUUAACAGUUAGACGAUGGGAUUCAAAUAUAAAUCAUGAUUAUUGUUGAAUUACUUUAUGUUUUGAUGGCAGUUACACUUAUACAGAUGCAGACAUGAAUACAUAUUUUUAUUUAUAUUUCUUUGGACUCAAUAUAUAUAUUUUUUAAAAAUAUAAUACAAUAAAUAAAUGAAAUAUAUAUACACACAUAGAGACGUCUUUGUGCACCUAGCACACAUGUACUGCAUUGUUACAGUCUAAGCACAAAGGUAAAGUUAGUGCUGUUUUAACAGUCAAACUGUCAAGACGUCUAUGAUUGGUCAGGAUAUAUCUUUUAAUCCAUCUUAAAUUAUGUGCAAUGCUUGAAGCCUUUGAGCUAAACUAGACGAAACACAUCAUGAACCUUCACAAGGCAAAAUAAAAGGGUAUUUCCCAAAAUGUUCCAUAUUCAAUCCCUGUGAACUCCAGUACUCUGGUUUAUGUUAGUGUGUGUGCUGCUUUACCUCUGGGUGAGUUAUUAAAAGCCAAAUAUUUGUGCUGUUGAGGGAAUGCAUCUCACGUCCCUUUCUUAAUAUACCUUUAUCAAGGAAGAGAUUUGGACUCGUCACGGUAGGAAAAGCACAGGCGUAAAUAUUUCCAUUUAUCUGCUUUGAUUUGAGUUUCCUGGUCUCGUACUCGCUGCUCACUGGAACUCCCACUGGAACACUUGAAGAGAACACAGCCAUCGUUAGUGUCAUUAGCAACACCCGUGCUUUUUCUACCUUGACAAGUCAAAAUGUGUGCUGCGAGAAGGCCUUAUUCUAAUGAACCAGUUACCAACGAUGGCUGUUGGUCAUUGGCGGUAGUGGUUGGUCCCUUGGGAAACAAUCACACUGGCGGAGCUCGCCGGAGCAGUCGAGUGAAUGUGAACACAAUUCAACAAUUCUCCUUUUGCCCAUGAAAUGUGCAGAGACUGGUCAGCGAGUAAGACGCUCCAUAACAUGCUGGCAAACACCAUACAUGACCUUAGUUCUGUAUGUAUGUAUAAGAAAUAAAAGAGAAAGUUGCUAUAAAUAUAAAUGCAAAGUAUAUUACAAUAAACCAAAGUUAUUCUACUUUAAUAACCGACAUGAAUCUUGUGCUGUUACUAUUUGGCUGGUAACCAAUGAAUCUUAUUACAAACUGGCUACACAUGUGGAAACUACAAACUGAGGUUCCACAUUUAGGAGUUUCUUCUCAUGGCAUCAAAACAAAUACGAUAUAUGAAUGAGUUGUCCACGACCGGCUCCAGCAUGUCUCUUCCUCUAACACAUGUCCCGGUAGCCAUUUCCAGGAUGUUUAUUGAAGUCGUUGUGUUGAUUGGCUGCGUCUCAGCUCUCGUGCGUGCUCGUCCUACUUUGGCCUGAACAAAUUUGCGAUGCGAACCGAAAGCACUAUGCACAAGUAGAGAAUAACAAUGUAUGUACAGUGUCAUGUAUCUUAAAGAUAGAAAAUGUGGAUCACUGUAAUUGGAAAUGUGUAAAUACUGUAGUGAUACAAACUGUUCUUAUUUUUUUCUGCCUACCCCAUGUACAGAAUGCUAGAAGAGAAUAGAAGAAAUGAUUUUAAAUACCUGAUUAAUCAUUAAUUCACUUAUCACUGAUUGUCUUGAAGUUAUAGCCUCGCCAGUGUAUUGGUGUGAAAGGCAUAUGUAUGGUAGAUACAGUGUCAGGUGUGUGCAAUACUAUACAAACUGUGCACUCUUCUUCUGUCUUACAACAGUCACCUGUGUACUGUUACCUCAAAAUGUCUCCAUUAAAUGGA